GGUGGUGGCCAAUGGUACCGUGCCAAAAGCUUCGCUACAUUUGGUCCAAUUGGACCCUACAUAACAGCCGCCGCUUUGGCGGGCAACCCGAACAAUCUAAAAAUAUCCACCGAACUCAACGGCAUCAAGGUUCAGGAUUCGAACACCAACCAAAUGAUACAGUCCGUGGAGAAAAUUAUCGCCUACGCCAGCAAAGACACUUGGUUGAUGGAAGGGACAAUCAUUCUCACUGGAACGCCCGCAGGAGUGGGGAUGUCGCGAAAACCCCCUGUGUUUCUCAGAAACGGGGAUGUUGUGUCUGUGACCAUUGAGAAAUUAG